AUGACUUCUAUUCGAGGUUACUCAAGACCUCUUCUUUCUUCGUUGCUCAUGAAUCGCAGUCCUCAGUCACCGUUUGCCACUACAGCAGCCAGCAGUAAGACCUGUGUUUCAGAGCCGCAUAGUGUGACGCAGAAUUUCGAUAAUUUGCUCAUUCUCGAUUUCGAAGCUACAUGCUGUGAUAGUGGACCAAUCCUGCCGUACCAGGAAAUAAUCGAGUUCCCUGUUGCAAAACUCGAUGUAAAAUCAUGGACAAUCACUUCUUGCUUUCAUCAAUAUGUAAAACCAACUGCCAAUCCCAAUAUCACUUCAUUCUGUACGCAUCUCACUGGCAUCAUUCAGGUGAAGUUUGCUGGUUUUGAAGGGCUCUUAAUUUCUGCGCAGCAAAAAUGUGGAUUGGCUAAAAAUUUACAGGAAAUGGUGGACAACCAGCCAACUAUCGAUCAAGUGCUUAACGACUUCGAUGAGUGGAUGAAAAAGGAAGAAAUACUAAAAUCUCGAUUUGCUUUCGUCACAUGUGGAGAUUGGGAUUUAGGCGUAAUGCUACCAUCUGAGGCAAAGAUGAAGAAUCUGGACAUACCCAGCUAUUUUAAUUCAUGGAUUAAUGUGAAAAAGUCUUAUUGUGAACACAGUGGCAUAUUUGCGAAGGGUUUAAGGGAUCUACUGAGAAUAUACAAGCUAAACCAUUCGGGACGUAUUCAUAGCGGUAUUGAUGACGUAAAAACCAUAUGUGCCAUAACAUCAGCAAUCGCCAAAGAAGGGUACGUAUUCAGGUGA